UGACAGUAGUCCGGAAGAACGUAUUUCUCACCAGAUGAAGGAUGCUCCAAUACGAGCCUGAUCACUUCCUUCCUCGUCAAAGAGUCUGGAUCGGCUACCAUGACAGCCUUGCUUCAUAUUACACCAGCAAUUUCAAAUUCCUGACCAGACAUCGAAGUUGAUGGGGUACCGACUCGGGCCCACUCUUGAAGGCUUAUUAGCGCUCAACUCAUCUCCGUCCGAUUCUCAUGGAGCAUGUGAUAGAAGCCUUAUAUGUAAAAGGUGCGCAAGAGGUAUUGCAUUAAUAACAGGGUCUGCUCAGGGAAUCGGUCGCGGCAUCGCUCUUCGGCUUGCACGGGAUGGCUUUAACGUCGCCCUCAAUGAUCUACCCAACAAGGAUGCUAAGCUGGAGGCGGUAGCGACUGAAAUCGAAAGUCUUGGGAGACAAGUCUGCGUCGUUCCCGCCGACGUGACUGUCGACAAACAAGUCAAAGGGAUGGUCGAUGACGCCGUUACAAGACUUGGUGGUCUGGACGUCAUGGUUGCGAAUGCUGGAGUGGUGGAGUUUGCCUCGCUUGUGUCAUCGACUGUAGAGUCAUGGGACCGCACACUCUCAGUAAACGCCCGUGGAGCUUAUCUAUGUUACAAGUAUGCUGCAAUACAGAUGAUCGAACAGGGACGUGGCGGUCGAAUCAUUGGUGCGAGCUCAAUCGCGGGCAAAAUGGGCUUCGCCCACAACUCCUCAUAUACAGCGAGUAAAUUUGCGAUUCGAGGGCUCACUCAAGCUGCAGCUGUUGAACUUGGCCAAUAUGGGAUUACUGUCAAUGCAUAUGCUCCGGGCCCGAUACAGACUAAUAUGAUCGAGAUCAUGCUGGAUGAGUCUGGGAACGUAAAUUAUGAACAACUUAUCGACAAUCCUAGCUCGAGGAAGUGGUAUAUGUCGUUAGUCGAGAAUGUCCCCAUCAAGCACAUCGGACAGCCUGAAGAUAUAGCUAGCAUCGUAAGCUAUCUCGCAUCGAAGGAAGCGCACUUCAUGACCGGUCAAUGUGUAGGUCGAUUUGUUUUAUUGCAUACAGCUGAUCUGAGCUUUCUCCUAGAUUUCUGUCGAUGGGGGAAUGAGGAUGGGCUGAGAAGGCCUUGUAAACAGUUGCUAUGUUACUACUCCCUGUAGAUGCUAUGGUGUGAUUCCAAUAUCGAAUUGAGGAUUUAUUCCCUGACUGAUCA